AUGCCAUCAAAUUUUUGGAAAACUCUUGAUGAUAGUGUAAAUUUAAUUGUAGGACUAUAUGAAGGUUUACAAUCAGCUUGUACUGCUAAUGGUAUGGAGCAGUCAGAAAAUUCUGAAAUAAUAUUAGAUGAAAAUCAAAUCACUAAAUAUAAUAGGAUAAAUGGUUAUCAAAUAGAUUCUAAUAGUAUAUCUUCAUACUCAACAAGAGUAUCAUCUUUGUCUCAAGUUCAAAAUUGUGGUAGUAGUAACUUAUCCAAAUGUUCAAGUAUUCAAGAUAUUCCAAAAUAUAAUGAAAAUUUAUAUAAUAUAAUUAGUGGGAAUAAUAUACAAUUACCACAUAAUGAUGUUCCAGAUUUAUCUAACCAUACUAAAAUGUAUUUAACACGUUCUCAUAUAUUAAUGUCUGUACUAUGUUGUCAGAAUAUCAACAAAAUUGUUGAAUCAAGUAUUACAUGUGGAGAUUUUAAAUUGAAAGGUCCUGGAUUUAGAUUAGAAAAUAUUUAUAUACCUAUAAGAAAUGAAAAGUCAUCUAUUGAAUUAAAAAUUACAACAUUUAAUAUUAAUAAUAAAAGAAAUGAUUUGAUGAUUGAUAUACCAAUAUCAGUAUUACAUCAAUCUAAUGAGACUUAUCGUUUCUGGUUAAUAUUAAAUGAUAAAAAAAAUAAAUACAAUGAUUAUAGUGAUAUGUUACCAGAAGCUAUUUUUCGUUUAAAUAUAGAUGAUGAAAAUAGCUGUAGAAUUAAUGAACCAAAAGUAUUAGUAUCUUUUAUGCGUGUUAUGACUGGUAUUAUUGAAGACAUCCAACCAAAUUCUAUGAGCAAAAGGCACUAUAGAGAUGGUAAAAACUCUCAUUCUGAUAAAUCUUUAAUAUAUGUUGGCUUAUAUAAUGAUCCAAUUGAUUUAGAAAUAUCUGAUAUGCUUAAUAAUAAUCCUAUUUUAUUAGCAAAUAAUACUAUUGAACGUCUUAAUUUCCAUGAUGGAUGUUAUAGAAUUAAUAAUAUUCAAGUAUUAAUUCAAUUUGGUUAUGGAGAAAUGUCAAAUAUUUUAUUUGUUCAAGAUGAAACAUCUAGACAACCAUUAUUUGAUUAUUUAAAUAAUUCAAAUGAAAAUAUAGAAUGGUUAUCAAGGGAACCAAGUAAUGCAACUGAAUUGGUACCACCAAAUAUAUUACCAGAUUUUUCUGGAACUCAAGCUCCUUGGGAAGUUGAAAUUGAUAGAAGGAAAGCAAUGGAAUUAGCAUGCCAUAGGGCUGCUUUAAGAGAACAUAUUGCUAUACAAUAUCUUAUAGAUACUGGUUAUCCUAAUCCUCCUCAUCCAAAAUUUUCUCAAUGGUUGACACCACCACUUUUUAGAAUUGGUCAACAAUUUGAACCAGUUCCAAUGAGUUAUAAUUGGGGUCCAAAUUAUUCAAAUAUUCAACUGAUACCAUUAGAGAAACCAAAACAACUUAAUAUAAGUUAA